GUGCCUAUCUGUGUUGUAUACGUAAAUGGUUUGUCGAUUAUCUUUCAUUUUCACUUAAAAGUCAUGAAAGAAGCAUCUUCAAGGAUCAUCAUUAUUAUCAUCAUGAGCCAGGUGAACCAUACGCCUGCCUGGAAAUCAACGAAACACGUAUUCAUGCAAAACUGAGAAUAAUCAGGCUCGAUAUAUUUCUGGAUUUUACAAAAAUGGAAUCUUUAGCUCACAUCAAACGAGACAAUCAGACUUAUUACUGCUUCAUAGACGUGUGCGAAAAGAUUUUCACAGACACUCCAAAAAGCACCGUUAGAAACUGGCUAAAGUCCCUAAACAUCUCGACAACACCCUGUGCCACUUUGGAAGAGAGAAUUCACUUUCGUCGACGCAAUGCUUCUUUGGGUGCUACGUUUAGCCUUAUUCGAGAUGAAGACUUGACCCGUUUGAUGGCAUAUCGCAGUGAAGGUGCGAGAAAGCGAGCCAGACUUUCUCACAGUAGUUCUGCCACAAUUCUCGACGCUGCUGAUGUCGCCAGUCCGAGCCUCGCGACCACAGACAAUCCAAUUGUGUCUUACAAUCUCAGCGUCGAGUCAGACAGCGAUGAACAAGAACCACCUGUAGAAAAGAAAUUUAAAGAUGAAACGACGUCGCCGAAAAGAAAUACGUAUACCAUCGCAUUAGACAGCGCGCCUGAAAGAUUGAAGAAUGAGGUAAAAGACUUGCGCCAUUUCUACCUAAAAGCAUUGAACCACCAUCGUGCUGGGCCGCCGUUUUCAAAAACGACCGUCGACAAAAUGGUUGAAAGAGCCAUGAGCUUUAUGUACUUCUGCUUGAACGUGAAAAACAUUGCCAUGUUAACCUUAGAUCUAUUUAACAAUAUCGAACUCUAUACUAGUUACGUAGAAUAUUUAAAAGGGACCCGAAAUCUUAAACCCUCAACUAUAGUUGCGCAUCUUAUAAUCGGUAUAAACGUUUUGAAAUUUAAUUUGGCAAACUUUCAACCGAAUUCGCCCGACUCGGAGAAUGCAUCGCGAACCAUUUCAGCUUUACAAUCAUUUCAGCGACACUUUCAGCACGAAAGCAGCAUGAUAUCAAAACUUCAUAAGGAGGGUUUUACGAGCAAGGCAACUCAGCAGUUUUAUUUCGCGCACGUUUUAGAAACUCUUCGUAACAUACGCGAUAAGUAUUUGGAAACGCAUGGCUUGGAAAAAAGUAGGCACUUGCAUGAUUUUGUACUCUUGGCAACUUACUUAAGAGCCAUUCCUGGCAGGUCGAAAGAAUUAAGGACCAUGAAAUUGCAUAUCGAAGCGGACUGCGGAACUUUCGAUUUCACUUCGGUGGAUGGCGGUAAUUUUAUCGUAUUUCAAGAGGGCAAUAGCGUUGUAAUCGUGCAAUUUGAUUUCAAAACAUCAAAAAGUAUUGGGCCGACCAGAAUCGAUGUUUCCGAUGACGAAGAUCUGGUGUAUUACUUGCAAUUAUAUACUAAGGCAAGGCCAUCUUUACUGCUCGGCAAGUCGCAUGAUUUCUUCUUUCUCAACAAGCGAGGCGCGCCUUUUGAUAGCAGCAGUUCAAUUGCGAGGUACAUUGGCGAUAUUUUCAUGCGCGAGGUUUCCAUUCGAGCGAGCACUAAUGCGUUAAGGCAUGCUAUCAUCACAUAUUUCAGCACUUUGGACGACUCCAAAGAUAUAAAUGUUAGAAAAAGUCUUGCGCUUUUAAUGAAGCAUUCGGUCCGAUAUCAGGAAAGCACGUAUAACGAUUUAACACACCACGAGAAAACGCAAAAAGGCCGAGAAGUUAUCAGGGAAAAAAUUGCGUCAAAUAUCUUCGGUGAAGCGGAUUUUAUUGCAUUGCCUGACGAAAGCGAUUGCCAAAAUGAUUCCGGGGACGAAUUGUUACCAGCUGUCGGUGACAUUGUAGCACUGCUUGAUCCAGUUUCCACCAAAAAUCACAUUUCCUUUUUCAUAGCAAAAGUCGCGAGAUUCACGCAAAACAAGCAGCAAGCGCAUUUAAUUAGCAUGGAGCUUUUGCCGGAUUCCACAAAUUUGUAUAGACUGAAACCAGGCAGAACUUGGAAAGAGUCGGUUAAGGCGUUGGUUUUUCCUAUAGACAUCGUUUAUAAUGCGACAAGCAAAGCAUACGAGUUGCGCACGCUCUCUGAUGAUAUAUUCGACAUUGUUCAUGGUACGUCGAAAAAGUAAAAUCCAGAAAUAUAUCGAGCAUGAAAAAGUCAAAAUUUACUAGAGGGUUCCGUUGUAAUUAAUAUUCUUGUUCUGUUAUAAUCAUCAGUAUUCACUUGUUC